AUGCCAUCUAUAUCAGUGAAGCUUGUUGCAGCUGAGUCGCUGUACAAGCGUGACGUUUUCAGAUCGCCGGAUCCCUUUGCAGUACUGACAAUCGAUGGUUACCAGACAAAAUCUACUUCAGCUGCGAAAAAAACGCUCAAUCCGUAUUGGAAUGAGACUUUCAAAUUUGACGAUGUAACAGAGAACUCUAUAUUGACUAUUCAGGUAUUUGAUCAAAAGAAGUUUAAAAAGAAGGAUCAGGGGUUUCUCGGCGUAGUCAAUGUACGUAUAGGGGAUGUCUUGGGUCAUCUUGAUGAAGACACCACAGGUGGCUCGAGAGGUCGUGAAGAGACUAUAACAAGGGAUUUGAAGAGGUCGAAUGAUGGAAUGGCAGUCAGUGGAAGAUUGAUUUCGGUAUUGUCGAAACAAGUUGGUCGCUCGACCGACUCGACCUCAAGCGCUCCUAGUGCACCGACAUCUUCUGCACAAGCUUCAGGCUCUGUAUCAUCAUCUCGUGGUACUGGAACUCAUACCCCAAGACCCACUGCAGCUGCCGUUGAACAUACUUUACAAAGUGGUGCAGGUAGCUCUUCCGGAUCAAAUAACGCGGCAAGUAAUAAUUCAUCUACAAGGCAGUAUUCUUCAUUCGAAGAUCAAUACGGUCGUUUACCUCCUGGAUGGGAAAGAAGAACAGAUAACUUCGGUCGGACAUACUAUGUCGAUCACAAUACAAGGACAACUACUUGGAAACGCCCCACCUUGGAUCAAUCAGAAGCUGAACGUGGCAAUCAAUUAAGUGCCAAUACAGAAUUACAAAGGAAGCAACAUAGAGGUAGAACUCUACCAACGGGUUCCUCAGACAACUCCUCUGUCACGGUACAAACAAGCACAAGUUCACAGACACCUGCCGUAAAUGGAUCAGCAGCAGCAGCAUUUGCCGCUACUGGUGCUACGACCUCGGGGCUAGGGGAGUUACCAUCAGGUUGGGAACAAAGAUUUACACCUGAAGGAAGGGCUUAUUUUGUGGAUCAUAAUACAAGAACCACAACGUGGGUAGAUCCCAGAAGGCAACAAUAUAUUCGUACUUAUGGACCAACCAAUACUACUAUUCAGCAACAACCUGUCUCCCAACUGGGUCCUUUGCCGUCAGGUUGGGAAAUGAGGUUAACGAAUACUGCCCGUGUAUAUUUUGUCGACCAUAAUACAAAAACUACAACCUGGGAUGACCCAAGAUUGCCAUCAUCAUUAGAUCAAAAUGUUCCACAAUACAAGCGUGAUUUUAGGCGUAAAGUUAUCUAUUUUAGAUCUCAACCAGCAUUGAGAAUUUUACCUGGGCAAUGUCACAUUAAAGUCCGUAGAAAGAAUAUUUUUGAGGACGCAUAUCAAGAAAUAAUGAGACAAACACCAGAAGAUUUAAAGAAACGAUUAAUGAUUAAAUUUGAUGGUGAAGAAGGUUUAGAUUAUGGUGGUGUUUCUCGUGAAUUUUUCUUUUUGUUAUCACAUGAGAUGUUUAACCCAUUCUAUUGUUUGUUUGAGUACUCUGCUCACGAUAAUUAUACAAUACAGAUAAAUCCAAACAGUGGUAUCAAUCCAGAACACCUGAAUUAUUUCAAGUUUAUAGGUAGAGUUGUUGGUUUGGGUGUGUUUCACAGAAGAUUCCUUGAUGCAUUUUUCGUUGGUGCACUUUAUAAGAUGAUGUUACGCAAAAAAGUGGUAUUACAGGAUAUGGAAGGUGUUGACGCUGAAGUUCACAAUUCAUUGAAAUGGAUGCUCGAAAAUAGUAUAGAUGGGAUUCUCGAUCUGACAUUUAGUGCAGACGAUGAAAGAUUUGGCGAACUUCUCACGGUCGAUUUAAAACCUGACGGAAGGAAUAUAGAAGUAACGGACGAGAACAAAAAGGAAUAUGUUGAACUAUUCGCACAAUGGAAAAUUGUAGACAGAGUACAGGAACAAUUUAGAGCAUUCAUGGAUGGAUUUAACGAGUUAAUUCCAGAAGACCUUGUUACUGUUUUCGACGAGCGCGAAUUAGAAUUAUUAAUAGGUGGUAUCGCUGAAAUAGAUGUUGAAGAUUGGAAGAAACAUACCGAUUACCGUGGAUACCAGGAGUCUGAUGAAGUAAUCAAGUGGUUCUGGAAAUGUAUCACUGAAUGGGAUAACGAACAAAGAGCACGUUUACUGCAGUUUACUACUGGUACGUCUCGUAUUCCAGUUAACGGGUUCAAAGAUUUACAAGGAUCUGAUGGCCCUAGAAGAUUCACUAUUGAAAAAGCAGGUGAGAUUGCCCAAUUACCGAAAUCACAUACUUGUUUCAAUAGAGUUGAUUUGCCACCGUAUGAUGAUUAUGAAAACAUGAAACAAAAACUAACUUUGGCUGUAGAAGAAACGAUAGGUUUCGGUCAAGAAUGA